AUGCACAGCACGUUGUCCCUAUCUCUCGGCCUCUUGGCCACGGCAUCGCUCGCUCUUGCCGAGCCGACCGUCUACCUAAUUCGCCACGGCGAGAAGCCCAGCAAUGGGAGCACCGGCCUCAAUGCUGUGGGUUUUGAGCGGGCCGACUGCUUGAAGACUGUGUUCGGCCCGGAUUCCAACUAUGACAUUGGAUACAUCAUUGCAGAACAACCCAAGUCAGAUGGAAAACGCGACCGCGCAUACGAAACGGUUCUCCCUUUAGCUGAGGAACUGGGCCUCACUGUCGAUACAUCCUGCUCGAAGAAGGACACCAAGUGUGUCAAGGACUUGGUGAAGGACUACACCGGCAGCGACAACAUCUUGAUCUGCUGGGAGCACAAGGAGUUGACCAAGAUCGCUGAGAAGCUGGGUGAUGAUGAUGCACCUACCUACCCAGAUGACCGGUUCGAUCUCAUCUGGACUGACCCUUACCCUUACACCAAUAUCACGGACAUCACGAGCGAGAACUGCCCGGGUCUGGAUAGCUGA